AUGCCCCAACCAAGCGAAAGGCCCGCUUGGACAGCGCCCCUCACAUAUGCCGUCUUCUCCGGAAACUGCCCGGUCGUUGAGUGGCAUUUGACCCGAGGGGCGGACCCGGACUGCCGUUACAUUUAUCCGAACCCUGGUGGCUAUGAGCCCUACCCGUCUCUUUCCUCGUGGCCCGUUUUGUACGCUGCCACGUGGAAGGACGCGUCCAUGUUAAGGUGCCUGCUGGAGCACGGCGCAAGCGUCCACGUGGCGAGACGACCGCUGAUGGAUCGGUGGGGUUUUGGCGGUCCUGAGGUGUACGACCGCGUCCCGAAUGUCUUGACGCCGCUGCAUCUGGCAGCUUACCACCGCCGCUACCACGGCAUCCGGCUGUUGGUCUUUUACGGGGCUGACUUCCGCAGGAAGUGCGACCUGGAGGAGCCUGGUUGCCGCGGGCGUUAUAUGGUUGAGUUUAACGCAAGUGGAACGGCUAGAGACGCGGUGAUUACGGGACUCACAAUCGAGCAUGCGGUGAAAUCAACCGCAACAACCGAGUGGCAGGACGACCAUUUGCAUGAGAAUGCUUUUACAUACGCGCUGGAAGAGUAUGGGGGUAUGCAGAGCUUCCUCAGCCAGGUCAGUAUUCUUAGAGAUUCGUUCUGGCCCGCAGGGAAGCCGGACGAAGCGUUCGAGGAUGCCCACGGGGAUGGCUGUCAGCGCGACACGCGCCAAGACACGGGGGACAGCCGGAUGGUGCGCAUCUAG